UUGCCGAGUUGGGACCAGUAACGGCGCUCCGGCAGCCCACCGGCAGCCCGGUGCUGUAGGGGUCAGGGUGUUGGAGGGAGAUGCCAUGGCUCGGGAAGCUGCUGCGGUCUCCAGGGACCGUCGCUACGCAGUGACGAGGGAGGUCGGCACAGGACGGGAAUCUGAAGAGGGAGAGUUCGCAGGAUGGGAAUCCGCCUCCCUCGGCGGCUGAGGGGCCAGGCAGAGCGCGGCUGCCCUUGCAAGCACAGCACCGUGUCUCCCAUCCCGCCAGUUCCCCUUACGGAUGGUACUCUACUGGUGGCUCACCCCCCUCCACCCGUGUCCCCACUCCUGGCCGUGACAGGGGGACCUUCCCAGGAAACGGACGCUUCGUCCCCACUGGCUCGUGGCAAUGCCCGGCGGCGUGCCUGCUUUGGGAGAGGGAUGCUCCAACACGUCGCUGGGCUGGUGGGGGCCAUCGACCAAGGAUUUGGCAGGAUGGGGGGUCGAAGGGGAAGGAAAAAAGCCCUGUGUCAGCCGAGGGGGAAACGACCCGGCUCUGACGGUUAUCGCCGUUGCUGCGAGCUGUGGUAGGAGGUCACUUGCCAACGCACAGGAAGGUGUGAGGGGUUCGCAGAAGGGAAAUGAGGACAUGCCUGUUGCCUCAGGAGCAGCCACAAGCCCCGGGGGAGCCCCGGGAGGAGCAGAGCCAGCGGGACCUGGGGAGCAGAGCACCGUGGGAUGGCCGGGGGCGGCCAGGAGACCCCACAAAGCACCAUGAACCUGCUCCUGCGCACCAUCCUGCUGCUCCUGCUGCUGCCCGACGCUGCCAGGGGACAGGAGAGCUGUGACGCCCUGAAGCGGGGUGACCAGCACCACUGGUGCUGCAACACGGUGGAGUUGAAGGAAGGCGACGAGACCCUCAGCCCCGACUUGCCCCGGCGCUGCCCAGAGCUGGGGCGCUCCGGCAGCCUCGCUUGCGCCUGCCUGCGGGAGCGUUGGCUCAGGCUGAUGCAGUCGCCGAGGCCAGUGCUACGUGAUGGGCCAGCUGGGGAGAACAUGCUGCUCCUGAACGUCAGCAGGGCCAUCACUCACGAUGUCCUCAUCACCUUCUCCCCCACGGAGGGCCCCAGGAUGCAGAACACAACGGAGGAGGGGAAGAUAGGCAAAAUCCAGCUCCCCAGGGAGAUAUUCCAGUCCCUGAGCAGCUGGACAGUGCAUGUGGUGGUGACGGUUCUCAACAUCCAGCAGCUUGGCAUGUUUGAGGAGGUCAACCAGACAGGGCAGGUCCUGGACAACAUCGUGGUGGGCAUCAUGGUGGGAGAGACCAGCAUCUCUGGGCUGCAGGACCCCAUUCAGCUCACCUUUGUCCAUGAGCAGCUGCCCAGCGGUGUUACCCCGCAAUGUGUCUUCUGGGAUCCCAGCAAAGGGCAGGCAGGAGGCUGGAGCAGCAGUGGAUGUGUCACGCAGCCCAGGGACAAGAGGACAGUCUGCUCCUGCAACCAUCUCACCUUCUUCACCCUCCUCCUGAACCCAGCUCUGGAGAAGUCCACAGCAAGAGCCUUGAUGGCUGUUGCCACUGCUGGCUGCGGGGUAGCCGUGGCUUUCUCUAUCUUCACCAUUACCUUCUGCAUCUUCUUAAGGUGCAGGUUCAGGUCUGAGGAGAACCUCCGCAUCAACCUGGGACUCCAUAUGAACCUCAUGGGCAGCCUGCUCCUCCUCAACCUGGCCUUCCUGCUCAACAGUGGGCUCUCUGCUCGGACCCAGCUGGGGACCUGCAAGGUCCUGGGGGGGUUCACCCACUACUGCCUGCUCUGCUGCUUCACCUGGAUGCUGCUGGAGGGCUGUCACCUCUACCUCCUCUUCGUCAAGGUCCUCGGCACCUACAUCCACCACUACCUGGCAAAGCUGUGCCUGGUCGGCUGGGGCUUCCCUGCUCUUGUGGUGGGGGUGGCAGGAAUCAUCGGUAGCUACGGAGAAUACAUCAUCCAGACCACGGACCACCAGGUCAUAGCCCACCUGUGCUGGAUCACUUCCAAAUAUCUCCUGGUCCACUAUAUCACCAACUGCGGCUACUUCAGCCUCAUCUUCCUCUUCAAUAUGGCUGUCUUUGGGGUGGUGACCCAGAAAAGCUGCUGCCUGCAGGGCACGGGGGUGAUACAUCAGGACCGCAAGGCCUGGAAGGUGGCCCUGGUGGCGGUGGGGCUCUUCUGCCUGCUGGGAACCACCUGGGCCCUGGCGUUCCUCACCCACAGCACCUCCUCUGCACCCAUACUCUACCUCUUCACCAUCCUCAACUCUGUCCAAGGAAUCUUCAUAUUCAUCUGGCUGGUCGUCCUCUACUACCCGAAGACAAAGGAGACCACUGGCUCCCUCUCCCACAUCAUCAGACAUGACAAAACCACCACAGUCUCCCAGGACUAGCUGCUGGCUGCACCUCCCUCCCCGCCUGCGCAUGCACCUGCUGAGAGCAAGCUUUGAUCCCGACAGACGCACCUUCCCCACGGAGGACGAGGGCUCAGUUUACCGUGCCUCAGUUUGCCCUUCAGUGGGCAGGAUCCACCUUAGCAGGGCUCUCUGCUUCGGCCCCUUCCUAGUGGCGCCUGCCUCGGGCAAGGAGCUCUGGAGAUGUCCCUUCUGCCAAAGUCCCUCCAGGCUGCAGAUCCCCUGUGGUCUCGAGGUGCCCCAAUCUCAUUCCCCAGGGGCUCCUGUGGGGGUGAGGAGGGAGCCCAUGAACCACCUGCCUUCGGCCAGGAUGGAGCCAUCCCUCUCAUCGCUGGAGAUGGCCUUUGUGCCGGACCAGCCUGGCGGUGGGGUUUCCUGCUGUUGGAGGUGGGAGGAUUGACUCAGGAGGAUCAGGUCUGGGAAUUAGCAAAAAAAGGGAAAUCCCACGAGCUUCUUCACAAUUCUUCCUGCUGCAACACGCCCUCGGGCCAGCAACGAUUUCCGCAAGGACACUAUGCUUCAGCCGAAUGUACACACACAGCUGCCUUCCAGGGAAAACACCCGUCUUCUCCUUAUCUGUGUUCUAGUAUUAAAUCUC